GAGCACACAGCUUGUUGACAGAAGGCUUGAGUAAGGCUUUUUAAACACAGCUGUAUAUUCAGGCAUCACUAUGGAUUCAUUUACAUAAUACUAUUUUCUGAAGCUGCAAGGUUUACUCAGACAGCAGCACAGCACUCAUUCCAAUUGUUAUAUUUAAACCAAUAAGGUCUGAACUCUGAACAAGGGAACCAGUGUGGUUUGCCUCCCUGAAACACACACACACAAAAAAAACCCCUCUGGAUAUGUGAGCAGAUCUACCAGAAAAUCCAAACAAAUAGGAGGGAAGAGGAUUAUAAUUCUUUGUCUUGGGAUCUGAGAUAGUAUCUGUAUUUACUGAGGAAGGAGCUCUCUCCUCAGAGCUGGCUUCAGAGUUCCGGCUGAUUGCUGGAGAUUGAUGCUACAGUACAUGCAGGCAAGCACCGCAAGAAUAAGCUACUGUAAAAAAGUCUUCCAGAGAAAAUCCAAUGUGUUAAUUUCCUUUCUCCAAAGCAUUUCUUUCCUCCCAGACAUUCAGGCUUUUGAGUCUGCAACGUUAAUCAGGGAUUUUUCCUCCAGAGGUCUGGUUUUACCUUCCAGAAGCAGACAAUUCAGCUGAGAUGUUCAGUUUAUAAGGCUAGAAGCAAACGUAUGACUGAACUCUGCCCAGGAGCUGUUCCUUUCAACGAUGUUCAGUUUAUAAGGUUUCGUAGGAGCAAAAACUCACAACUGGACUCUCCGCAGGAGCUUGCCAUUGUUGGACUUAUCGAAUGGAGGGAAAGUGGAGGACUUGUUACUGACAGAACAGAUAUCUUUAAAACAGAGCCCAUGAGCAGCAGUGACAUUGUGACCACAACUGCAGACGGACAUUUAGACAACUUCUCAGGGUCAGUGAUUGGAAGCAGUGGAUAUAGCCCCCGACAAGCCCAACAGUUUUCCCCACAAAUCUAUCCAUCCAACAGGGCAUAUCCCCAUAUUCUGCCUAACCCUUCUUCCCAAACUAUGGCUGCAUAUGGACAGACACAAUUCUCCUCGGGAAUGCAACAAGCAACAGCAUAUGCAACAUACCCCCAGCCAGGACAGCCUUAUGGAAUCCCACCAUAUGGUGCAUUGUGGGCAGGCAUCAAGACGGAAGGUGGAUUACCACAGCCACAAUCACCUGGACAGACUGGAUUUCUAAGUUAUGGCUCAAGCUUUAGCACACCACAGCCUGGACAAGCACCAUACAGUUAUCAAAUGCAAGGGAGCAGUUUUACCACAGCAUCAGGAAUCUAUGCAGGAAGUAAUUCACUCACAAAUUCAACUGGAUUUAAUAGUUCCCAGCAGGAAUAUCCAUCUUAUCCCAGCUUUGGCCAGGGCCAGUAUGCACAAUAUUAUAACAGUUCACCGUAUCCUUCACAUUACAUGACAAGCAGUAACACCAGCCCGACUACUCCCUCAACUACUGCAACAUACCAGCUACAGGAGCCCCCGUCCGGCAUCACCAGCCAAGCUGUUACAGAUCACUCCACAGCCGAAUACAGCACUAUCCACAGUCCAUCAACGCCUAUUAAAGAUUCAGAUUCAGAUCGAUUGCGGCGCAGUUCGGAUGGAAAGUCACGGGGGCGAGGCAGGAGAAACAACAACCCUUCCCCACCUCCAGAUUCUGACCUUGAAAGAGUUUUCAUAUGGGAUCUGGAUGAGACAAUCAUUGUUUUUCACUCGUUGUUGACAGGAUCUUAUGCUAACAGAUAUGGAAGGGACCCACCCACAUCAGUAUCGCUUGGGCUCCGCAUGGAGGAAAUGAUAUUUAACUUGGCUGAUACACAUUUGUUCUUCAAUGAUUUAGAGGAAUGUGACCAGGUUCAUAUUGAUGAUGUUUCUUCAGACGACAAUGGACAAGAUUUAAGCACAUAUAACUUUGGGACAGAUGGCUUUCCAGCGGCAGCAACCAGCGCAAACCUGUGUUUAGCAACAGGGGUUCGAGGUGGGGUGGACUGGAUGAGAAAAUUGGCUUUUCGUUAUAGAAGAGUAAAAGAAAUCUACAACACAUACAAAAAUAAUGUGGGAGGUCUACUUGGCCCUGCCAAACGGGAGGCAUGGCUGCAACUGAGGGCAGAAAUUGAAGCACUGACAGAUUCCUGGUUAACGCUUGCACUGAAAGCCCUUACGUUAAUCCAUUCUAGGUCGAACUGUGUAAAUAUACUUGUUACAACUACCCAGCUUAUUCCGGCCCUGGCAAAGGUUUUGCUGUAUGGAUUGGGGAUCGUUUUCCCAAUUGAGAACAUUUAUAGUGCAACCAAAAUAGGAAAAGAAAGCUGCUUUGAAAGAAUCAUUCAGCGGUUUGGGCGGAAAGUUGUAUAUGUAGUAGUAGGUGAUGGGGUUGAGGAAGAACAAGGAGCCAAAAAGCAUUCAAUGCCAUUUUGGAGAAUCACAAGCCACUCUGACCUGAUGGCCCUGCACCAUGCAUUAGAACUUGAAUAUUUAUAGCAACAAAUGGCACUUUGUUUUUUUCUUGAAGAGAUUUAAAGGAUAACACAAAACAUUGUUUCCUCUGUCACUAUGCAAAUCAGUCAUUUGUAACAAGCUAUAAUGGAUUUACCAUUGAAAAAUCAUUAUUGUAAAAUUGCUCGUGUUUAUAACGUUGGCAAAUGGCUACCAUGCCCUGCGAACAUCCAACAUCAGCCGUCAUCACUAUUCUAGAAACAAUAUAAAGUUUUGUUCCUGUGAAGAUAAACUGGACUACCUAGUGUAACCGGAAAGAGGGUAAAUAGAUGCCCCUCCCACGCAGCUCCAUUCUCUCGGCCUCAUUUCCUGACAAAAGAAAGUUUACUGUUUGUUGCAUCCAAAGUAAUAAAACUUAUUUAUGAAUGGACCUCACAUAUAGACACACAAGGAUUGAUAUGGUAAGGCACGUGAGCGCUAAACGGUUUUUAUCAUUUGGACUCAGUAAAUACUUUGUGCAGAAUAGUCUAACCUGUAUACUGUAAUUUAAACUAUGUACAUCACUGAGACAAUCAUGUACAGAAAGAUUUUGGGUAAAUUUGUAAUAAUGGAUUCUUUACAUAUUGUUUAGGUAAAUAUUCUCAAAGGGUAGCAACGCCUUGGUUGGGCACAUAUACUGGGCGGAGUGUGUGUGAGCUGUUGUGCAGUGCCUUAACAAAGUGUUAGAUAUAAAUAUGUAGAUAUAUUUUAUUUUAUGCUUUUUUUUUUACUGUAGUGGUAUUUGUUAUGACCAAAAGCAUGGAUGUCAAGUGUCAAUAAUGUUUUACCAUUACCUCUUUUCAACACUAAUGAAAAUAUAAACAUGCUUGUGUGUUCAUAACUCAUGGGUGACAAGUUAACUAACCACCAGAUAAAAAAAAAAUCAUCAACUUAAUCCCAGUGACAUCUUAGGGUAGGUCCAAAGAGGCAACUGUCUUAGCAAUUACUCACUGUGAGAAAGCCUCCAUUAAUACUAGCUUGAGUGACAAGCCGCACUAAGUAGUGUCAGAUCGGCGAGUGCUCCAACUUGUCUUAUGAAGGGCAGUUCACACACAAUCACAAUCAAACUUCUCAGGUAUGACAUGCUGAGGGUGUUUUUGCCAGCCUACCUUAGUCAAUGUGCAGCCACACAAGCUACACUAAGCAUUGCCUCGUGGCCCUAGCCUUUCUGUGGCACAUAUACUGUAUGAGUGCUUACCCCCCAGCACUUUUGUGCUUCAAUAUCAAUAACUUGGAAUAAAGACCACCCCCCCAUACAAUUAUUUUCCAGUAACAGGAGUGUCUCUUUAUCUAUGCUGUUCUCCUAUCCUAUAUGUCUAUAUCCUUUUUGUUGUCUCUGAUUCUCUUUGUUUUUGAUGUGUGUACACAUUCAGUGCUCCUGGUUAUAUAUACAAAUAGCAAGAGUGUUCCAUAGGUCUUCAUACUUUGUACUAUAAAAGAUGAUCACUGUGCUGUGCUUGAUCAGCAACGGCUGGUUGAAAUGUGAUCUACUGAUUAAGGCACAAUGGGACAGAUCCAGUUCAAUAAGAAAAACUUAUCUCAUGGUUUAUAUAUUGAAAUCUCAAUAAAAGCCUAUAAGCCUAUGGGAAAAUCUGCAAUUGAAUUAGAUCAGCUUUUCUUAUUGAAUUGAUCCUAGCCCAAUAUGUUGGUCUUUAUUCGCAUAUAUCUACCCAGCUCUCUUGUAUUUGAAUCAAAAUUUACUGUUCCUACAGUAUAUUAACCAAAAGUUCUGUUAUAUGGCAUUGUAAUUCACACACCUUGAAUGUUCUCAAUACUACAUUGUUUAGUGUAGGGCUUUCUGUAUGUUAUAUAUUUCCCUGGCUGGCAGGUUAAUGAUCAGUGAUGGAGUUGGCUAUAUAAGUAUACUUCUUUGCAUGAUAUGCCAUACUGGAUCUAUGGCACAAAACAGACAUUCAUUGUCAUUUCCAGUUUCUAUAUAAAAUAAUCCAGUUAAACCAAUGUUAAUUGGGAAUUCAUAAGAUGCCAAGUAACAGGACUUUCACAGUGUAUGGAAUGCAUUUGCUAGAGCAAACACAUCUGACUGUAGGUGAAGAUACAAAAAAAUCAAAUAAAAUAUUUUUUGGGGGUGGAAUUGAGAGCCAAAGCUGAUGUUUAGGGUAGGGUAAGUUCUAAGCUAGAAGGCCUGUAAAGCAAUAGGCUCAUUACUCUCAAGGUGACUUGGGGGGGCUACUGGAACCUGCUUGGCUGUCUUGGGUCUAUUAAAAAAUAAGUGAGCCCCGCUCCCUACCAGGUAAUUGUAAUGAUUGUUCUUCUUGACCCUCAGAUUGAUGGAGCCCACUGAGUAACACAAUUCCUCAUCCAUACAACAUUCACAUUCUGAGUUUACUGUUCUAAGCUGUAAAACCUAUUCUUUGGCAUAAAUGGUACAUUCAAGGAGUAAUUUGGUGAUAUAGUAUGCGUAUUUCCUUUCUCAGCACUUUUCAUUUCAGCCUCACAAAGGGUUUAGUGAUCUCUAAAUACAUAUUUACCUUUCUGUUUCUGCUUGCUUGGAACACCAGCUCUACACUAUAGCUAUACACUAGAAAAACUAGCUUGAUAAUAAACAAAAGCAAACUCCUCCCAGCAGAGGACUCGUAUUGCUGCUAGAAUCAGUAAUUUGUGGGUAUGACAAAUUGCUUUGUUACCAACAGUGUAAAGUAGUGUUUAUGUUCUGCUGAGAAGAAUACACAGGGAUUUUUUUAAACAGUCCUUAUUCAGACAUGUUGGCCUUAUUGUACAAAAGAUGUGUGCUCUAUACGGAAAAUGCAAAUGUGUAUAGGUUUUUUUUUUUUUUCUUUUCAUCCAAUUUUGUGUUAAAUUAAUAAAUUUUAAUUUGUGAAAUAUUAAUUAAAUUGUGCUUAAUUUUAUUUUUUACAUGUACUUAUUGUAAUUAUUGUAUUACUUGUAUGUUAUUUUUUGGGGGGAGCUUCUGUAAGAGGAAAAAAAUCUAGAAAAGUUGAAGAAAAUCAGUUGAAAUAAAAUUGGAAGAGUAAAUUA